AUGUCAAAAUUGAUCCUUGAUAUUAAUAACAUCGAUCACACAUAUAAUUUCAAGAAUAUUCAAGAUCGAGAUAAAACUGGUCUGCUCAAAUUAUACUAUUAUUUAAAAGAUCAUGAUAUAUCCUGUGAUAUGAUCCUUGAUCGCAAUGAAACCCUUCUUAUUGGAUUUUACAACACUAUUCCAUUUCUCAUCAUCACUUUAUAUUCUUUCGUUUUUAACGAUAUCCUUGCUGAAAAAAAGUUUCAAAAACUAUUCUCUUUCCCCAAGUCAUUCUUAAAAAUAUUUUUCUCUCCAGGACAACCUACUGAAGUGAUUUUACACCUUUUAAAUUCACGUAUCACACACCACCGCACAAUUCAUUGUAAAACGUUCGAGGAAGUUCAAAAAGAAUUAUUUGUGAGAACCCUUCACAGUACAUAUUCUUUUCAGCUAAACACGGAUUCGGAAUUUAUGAGCACUACAUCUGAUAUAAUUUCGAUUAUUAAAAAGAAAAUCGAUGUUGAAAGAAUCUACACGUUCAAACACUUAAUUCCUUUCGUUGAAUACAAAAAUGUCGAAAUUCCCAUCCCGCGAUUUCAUUAUAUAUUCCAAUACAAAACUGUCCUCUUUCUUUUCACCGAUCGUUUUCUCGAAUCCCGUGAAAAACGUAUUAAUGCGCUCAAAUCGCUCAACUGUUUACUGAAAACUCCAUGUUCCCGAGGGAUAUAUGGGAUCUUCCUUUACAAGAUCGAUGAUCUGAAGCCUACAGAUAGAUACAUCCCGUUCUACAGAAAUGUGUUGUUUCUCGCAUAUGAUGGUAAAGAAAUCAUGGGUGAUGUAAGAAAAUUAUUUGACGAAUUCUGCACACUUGUGAUUAACAGAAAUAACGGAUCAAUAAUGAACGAAGAAGGAGAAACACCGAUGGACAUGGAUAGUGAUGAUAAUCACACCUUAGAAUCAACAACACCAUCCACGACCGGGCGCAAAAAAAAAAAGAUGAUCGAGUGGAAUUUCACGAACAAAACGUCCCGUAUAUCAGAAUACUCCACAAGCUCAAAGAAUAAGAAGAAAGAUCCAGAUCGUAGUAAUGAAGAAUCGAAAAAAUCAGAAUCAGACGAUGAAACUCCCGGUUUCAAGAUAGUUCCUAGAAACCGUUUUCGAAACGUCAUUGAUUGA